AUGUAUGGUAUACAUCCUCUUCAGGUAGAUGCUCCCGAUCCGUCGAAAAUUCCAGUACAGGAUCUUGUUGGUGUUACUGUUCUUCUCCUUCGAUGCAAAUACAAUGGACAGGAGUUCAUUAACCUAGGAUGGUUUGUCUCAAAUGACUAUGAAGAUCCUGAGUUGAAGGAGAAUCCUCCAGCUAAACCGCUGAUUGAAAAGCUAACAAGGACCGUUCAAACAGAUGAUCUUCGUGUUACAUCAUUCCCCAUAAAAUGGGAUGAGAAUCAGCCGGAUGAGUAUCCUCCAGAACCCGAACAGGGCGAAAUCGACGAGGCAGACCUUAUUCCGGUGGAGGAUCCUGUUGAUGACGAAGAAAAACUGGAAGAUGAGGAUGAAGCCGAAGGUAAUGGCGGAGAGGAUGUGGAUCUGGAAGAAUGCAUGGAAAAAGACGAAGUGCAAGAUGAAGAGAAUGAGGAGGCGCAGGCUGACGAUGUGGACGAUAACGAAGCUGAUCACAAGACCGAUGGUGACGGAGAUUCGGCUGAUGUUCCCGAUGAUGUGGAAAUGGAAGAGGGUGUGGCAGAGACAUCGGGUAACACUUCAGCGACGGAAAACGUUGCUGAGAAAGAAGUAGUGGCUAAAGAAGCCAAAAACGAUCUCAAAGAGGCCGGUGACGCCCCGUUUUCCGAUGUAACAAAUGAGUCGCACGUUGCCCAGUAA